AUGCCCACUAAUAAAGCCCCGACCUCGAACGAGUGGGAUUUGCCCAAGUUGAGGGCGUCUAUCAAUUUCCAGGACGACUGGAAAGAUCCCGUCUCUGGCGAGUCGAUAGCACAUGAAUUCUUCGACGUGAAAUUCUACCCGUACAACCCCGUCGGCGCCCCGCCCGUGUUCGCCAUAGCUAGUAAGAAGCAUGUGAUCAUAUGUCGCAUCAAUCAAAAUACGGACAGCAGCACCAAUCCUGUCGAGGUGUUGAAGUUGAUAAGAGACGAUGAUGAUGACGCAGCAAACUGUUCAUGCUGCUGGUCCAAGGACAUGGAGACGGGUCAACCAUGGCUUUGUAUAGCCGGGGCGGAUGCAAAGGUGAAAGUCUACGAUGUCAAACAGGGCAAGUUAGUCAAGACCCUCGUAGGCCACGGCGGCGGCAUCAACGACCUCGUCACCUCCCCGCUCACCCCCUCCCUCAUCGCCUCCUGCUCCGACGACACCACCGUGCGCCUCUGGUCCCUCCUCCCCAUCCACUCCGCGCAACCGUGCAUGUUCAUCCUCGGAGGCGACGCCCACACCUGGGACCUACUGAGCAUCGCCUUCCACGACACGGGCCGCUACUUACUGUCCGCAGGCCACGACCAAACCAUCAACCUGUGGACUAUCCCGCCUUGUCCUUCCGAGCCCGUCACUCACCCUUUGGUCAUCCACUACCCGCACUUUUCCACAAAGGAGAUCCACAACUCGCUGGUGGACUGCGUUUCCUUUUUUGGAGAUCUGAUUCUUUCUCGCGCCUGCUGGGAAGAGACUAUAGUCCUGUGGUCUGUAUCAGGCUUUUCCUCCUCCUCUUCUUCCAUGUCCCCCUCCCUUUCCCCCUCCCAUUCCCCCUCCUCCACUUCCUCUUCGUUCCAGGGUAACGACCUUCCAUUGUCAACAGCCCCCACAACCUUUGACCCCUCCAAACUCACCCGCUCCGCCUUCUGGCAAGCCCCCGACCUCAACCCCGAAACCCGCCCGGCCUAUUUCACCAGACUGCUCCAGUUCAAAACGGUCGAUUGCAAAGGGCAGUUCUACAUGCGCUUCAAAGUUCUGCAUGCACAAGGGGGCAAACAUCCCGUGUUGGCAUUUUGUAAUGCGCGGAAUAAAUUUAUGUUUUGGGAUUUGAGCCGGUUGGGUAGUUGGCAGCGGUUUCUGGGGGAACUUAGGGAGGCUGAAGAAGAAGCCGAGGCGGCGCAGGGGAAGGAGAGGAGAGAGAGGAUGAGGGUGGUUGAGCAGCCUGGGUGGAUGCCUGCGAGGAAGGCGCCCAGACGGACUGCAACCGGAGAGGGAGGGGGAGGGACUACCUAUUCUUCUACGGCAGCGGCGACGGCGGCGGCGGCGGCGGCGAACUACAAGGCUGCGGGGAGUAUGGCUGGACGAGCUUCAGGAAAACAACUUGGUACCGGGACGUCCACUAGUCCUGAUCCCGAGACUUUGCUUUCUGCUUCUGCUGUUGCUGGUGGUAGUGGUAGACCAGGUUCGAGUUCGAGAGAGAGACCGGGCUCCAGAGGAUCUACUACCACCACGGCUACGGCUACAGCUACGGCUACCCAAACAGCAGCAAACAGGCCCCCGGGCAUAGGACUGGGAGGAUACACACAAAAGCAGCUGGAUGAGUGGCAUGACCAGUGUGAUAUUACGGAUUCGCACAAGGAGAUUAAACCGCAUAAGACGGUUACGGUGGAUGGCAAGGGACAGCAUUUUGUGGGGAGGCAGGUGGCGUGGAGUCCCGAGGGGAAUUGGUGUGUGGUGGUGGGCAAUUCGAAUCGGGCUAUGAUCUUUCAGCGGUGGGGGAAGUAA